AUGUACACAGAGACACAUGUACGUACAUACACACAAACACACACACACACAGACACAUGCACACACACACAUGCAUGUACAUACACGCAGACACAUGUACAGAUACACCCAUGUACAUACACACAGACACCCCCCCCCCCCAUAAAAAGUUGCAGUACUUCAUUGUUCACUCACAGAUCUGGGUAGUGCAUUCUAGGGGGAGGUAGAGAGCACAGCACACACUCCUUGCUUUGCUUUCACUGCGAUCAGCUAUUGAGCAGUCUGACGGCUCCCAGUGCCAAUGACAGAUCCGGCCUGAGCUCCGAGCCUGCUCAGCAAGACGGCCCUGGGGGACACACUCGCCCCCCCACCAUAAUUUCCACUCACCAUUGGCAAGUAGGCGAGUGGAAAUUUCAAGCCCUGCUAUA